CAUUAAGAGCCCAUAGAUAAAACACUAAAGAAGCAGCUGCCUCUUCCUUUCGGGUUCCAAUAUUAGGGUUUCUGCUUCUGGAGUCCUCUCUUCCUCACACUUUCUCCCAGUCGUCUCAACCAUGGCUGAACAGACUGAGAAGGCAUUUCUGAAGCAGCCCAAGGUGUUUUUAUGCUCAAAGAAAUCUGGGAAGGGGAAGAGGCCUGGAAAGGGUGGGAACCGCUUUUGGAAGAGCGUGGGGUUGGGUUUCAAGACACCCAGAGAUGCAAUUGAAGGAACAUAUAUAGACAAGAAGUGCCCGUUCACUGGCAAUGUUUCUAUCAGAGGUCGUAUUCUUUCUGGCACUUGCCACAGUGCCAAGAUGGUGAGGACCAUCAUUGUUCGAAGGAACUACCUUCACUUUGUCAAGAAAUAUCAAAGAUAUGAAAAAAGGCACUCAAACAUUCCAGCACAUAUUUCCCCAUGCUUCCGUGUGAAAGAAGGAGAUUAUGUUACUGUCGGCCAGUGCAGGCCAUUAUCAAAGACAGUGAGGUUCAAUGUCUUGAAAGUCAUUCCAGCUGGCUCUUCUUCUGGUGGUGGGAAGAAGGCAUUUACGGGAUUGUGAAGAGAGUGGUCUUUAUAUUGUGUGCUAUGCUAUAGAGAAUGCUAGGAAUUUUUUUUUUUUUUUUUCUUUGAUCAAUUUCUAUAUCUUUUGGUAGUUCUCAGUACUUUUGAUGGAUGGCAGACUACACAAUUGGAAAUCUAUCUUAUGGUACUUUUAUUUUAUUUCGAAAUGAUUAUUUGAUUAGCAAGUUUGCCUUAA